GUAUCCUUCAGUGAGGAUGAGUGCUCCAAUAAGAGACCCUAUGUAGUCAUCCUCGUGGUUUCUAGUCUCUAUGCUCACCACUGCUCACCACUGCUCACCACGGUCCCCACCACCAGGAAUAACGGGGAGGAUCUAAUUCGUAAGAUUGUGAUCCGAAAUUUGAAUUAAUAUGUUUUACUUUUGAUUAUUCAGUUUAAAAAUAGAGGUAAUUUCAAUUGAGAUAAUAUGAAUCGAAUAGAUGAUGCGCCAAAUCUAAUGAAAGGUCGAAAACCAUCAUUUAUCGGUAUGAAUGGUGGACCAGAGACUGAAGACCAGCAGCGGUUGCGUUUUCAGGUCGAACUAGAAUUUGUACAGUGCCUCGCGAAUCCUAAUUAUCUCAAUUUUUUAGCACAGCGUGGAUAUUUCAAAGAUUCAGCAUUCAUAAAUUAUUUGAAAUAUUUACUAUAUUGGAAGGAACCAGAAUAUGCAAAGUACUUAAAAUAUCCUAUGUGCUUAUAUUUUCUUGACUUACUUCAAUACGAGCAUUUCAGAAGAGAAGCUGUUAAUUCGCAAUGCACCAAGUUUAUCGAUGAUCAACAGAUUCUAUUAUGGCAACAUUAUACAAGACGUAGAACAAGAUUAAUUCAAGCAGCUACUGAACAAACCCAACAAAGCAAUCCCCAGAGUAAUGGUAUGGUGCAACCAAAGGUUCCUUAAGUAAUAUAAACAAAUGUAACCAAUGAUGCUGUGAACUCUGCUAUAUAUUUGUUUUAAGUUAAGGAUAUUUUAAUGGUACAUUUUCAAAGUGAUAUAUUAUAAAUACAAUAAUUUUUUAUGUACAUUAUACAAGUUUUUUAUAUUCAUUUACCUGUAAUGUGAAUCUUUUCUCUUGCUAAAGACCAUCUUUGAACACUUUCAUUAUAAGAACUCUGUCGAUAUUUAAGCUUAAUGUACUAGGUUACUUUCCAUUUAAUAUUGAUUGUGACUUAGGUACGCUUCAAAACACUGGAUUGCUCUUCUAUAAUUUAACUAGGCAUAAUGUAGUAAUUAAAAUUUGUGGUAAGAUAUUAGUAUUUCAGAUUUUCUAUGAAUAUAAAGAAAUGUAUACAUGUAGAAUUGUAUAUUUAUUUAGGUAGAAAAUAAAACGUCAUAUAAUGGAA